UUUACAAGCGUCUGAAAUAUUUAGACUGUCAACAUUCAGUGAUUCACUUAUCCCAUGUAACUGGUAAAGGUGCUAGAAGACAUGGGUUGAAGAUUAAAGACUCAGAGGCUUCGCUGAUGGUACAGUAGGAGAGGAUGGACCCGGCCAUCUCUUUCUGUGAGAUCGCCUUAGACGAUCUCGAAUUUUACGAGAGAUGUGGUGGUGGAUCCUUUGGGAGUGUUUACAGAGCCAAAUGGAAGUCGGAAAACAUUAUUGUAGCUGUUAAGAAGUUACUUGUUUUGGAUAAAGAAGCUCAUGUGUUGAGUUUACUGAGUCACAGAAAUAUUAUACAGUUCUAUGGCGCCGUGAUGGAGGAACCCAACUAUUGCUUAGUCACAGAGUUUGCUGAGAAAGGGUCUCUCUACGACUACCUACAGAAUCCCAACAAUAUAAUGGAUUUCCAGCAGAUUCUGACGUGGGCAACAGAGAUAGCUCAGGGCAUGAAUUAUCUUCACAAUGAGGCUCCAAUGAAAAUCAUACACAGGGAUCUCAAGUCUAAAAAUGUUGUCAUCUCAGUCCAAGGUGUAUGUAAGAUCUGUGACUUUGGAGCCUCCAGGUUUAUGGGCAGUACCACAAAAAUGUCACUAGCUGGAACCUUUCCCUGGAUGGCACCAGAGGUUAUACAGAGUUUACCUGUGUCAGAAUCCUGUGACACCUGGUCCUAUGGUGUGGUGCUGUGGGAACUACUGACUCAUGAGGUACCAUACAGGGGAAUCGAGGGAUUCCAGGUCGCUUGGCUGGUUGUUGAAAAAGGGGAGAGAUUAACCAUUCCUAGUACAUGUCCGCCAUGUUUUGCCAAAUUGAUGAGGCAGAGCUGGAACACUGAGCCCAAACUGAGACCGAACUUUAAGGAUAUACUUCUUACAUUACAUUCCAUGUUAAGUGAUGAUUCACUGCCAGAUCAGACAAAUUCCUUUCUGGAGCACAGAGAAGUUUGGAGAAAAGAAAUACAAGCUACAAUAGAAAGACUAAAAAGAGCAGAGAGUAAUUUGACUGCCAAAGAACGGGAGUUAAUGGAACGAGAAAUUAAACUGUUAGAAAGGGAGAAAACUCUGGAACAACAAUUCCGAGCUGUGCAUUUGGAUUCCUAUGAUGUCAAUUCCUGGAGUGAGAUUGAUGUGUAUCAGUGGGUUCUCCAAAUGCAAAAUGGACAUUCUAGUGACCUUGCCCAGUAUGCAGGCAUCUUCCUUCAGCACAACAUAACUGGCAAACGACUGAUGAUGUUAAAUCUAGAACGCAUUCAAGCUAUGGGCAUUACUUCAACUGGGCACAGUAUGGAACUUAUGACAGAAAUAGAAUUGUUAAAGGCCCAUAACUACAGGCUGCUGAAUUUUCCACCACUAUCUAAGACUGGGGACACAGCCCUGGACACUUCCCCCGUUCAUCGACAGAUUUCUGUCACCCUCAUUUUUGGACAUCAUCUAAGGCAGGGAAAAAGUUUAGAGGAGCACAAGUGGAAGAUGUAUAUGGAGCUAGAUAAUGAUGACGAUGAUGAUGACGUUCAACCUUUGACCUUCAUCAAGGAUGUCGAGUUUGAGAGUCUCUUUUAUGGGACGUUUCAUAUAUCUCAUCCCCCAUUUAUUAUGGAGAAGUGGUGCACAGGCAUUGUGGAAAAUAUGAAGGUCGAUUGCACGGUGCGCUUUGAAUCAACAGUUAAGAAACCCAAAUCCAUUAAGUACAGCCAUCAAGUCGACGCUUCAUCCACAACCUCGGGACAGAAAAUUGUGUCUCUGGUAUUACAUCAGGUGACACACAGACAGACAGACUCGUCAUCAACGUCACAGAAACCCCUCACCGUCUCCAAGUCCCUCAGCCACGUCCCAACCCCCAAAUUACAGGGGGACUGGUUAAAGAGGGAAUUCACAAACACUGCUGUGCCAAAUAUACCUCAAUCAAAAUCUCCAGAUGUUUGGUCAGGUGUGGUGUCAGGACGAAAACCCUCUGUACCAACAAUAACUAGGCCCUCUAGCGUGAAGCCGAUCCCUGGUACCCCACUAGUUCUGUAUUCUGACCCCAAGUAUCUCCACCAUUCUGUAACCGCGCCUGGAAACCUCUCAGGGUCUCUUCAGCCAAACUCUUCUGAAAUGUCAGGGUCCUCACAAGCAAGCCCUGGUCCUCCGUCCUCAGGUUUUGUAUCCGCCUCUCCUCAUCUUAACAAGUCCCCGUGGUCCUUCAGUCCUCGGGGGUAUACUGGUGCGGGCACUCAAGUAUCUACAACGAAAUCAACCCAUUCUGAUCUCAGUGAACCGAAAGUCACUUUUAAUCUCACGAACUCAGACUCCUCCAACAGUACAGAGGUGAACAGUGCUGAGAGUGGAUUUAGUGAGCACAAAAUCUGUACAGAAAAAACAUACGCAUCGGUAUGUAGUUCUUGUAAAAGUGAAAUGAAAGAGCAGUCUGUCAGUGCUAUUAGAUCUCGUCAUCAUAGCGAUGGUGGACUGCGGCCUCGUUCUGGAAGAGGAAGUGACGAAAUGAUGCACUCUGCCGACGGAUUUCAAAGAGGAAGGGGUCACUACAGACGACAAAGUGAGAGUGGGCAAAAUCUACACGAAAGGCAUUUAGACCGAGGAAAAGAAUUUAGAAGAGGGUCGGAACGAGGGUAUCAUCACGGCUUUAGGAACGACGGGGAAAGAAAAUACUCCGCUGGUCAGUCACGAGGUCAGAUUAGGCGCGGGAACCAGGAAAGACGGCCGUUCUCUGGUGGUUAUAGAGGGCGUACCAGGGGUAGGCCCUACAGGGGUCACCCUCCAAGAAAAUUGAGUGAGGACUAUCAGCGAAGUUUUAGUGACCCUAAACCAAGAACAGAACGAUUGAACGUUUCCUCUGAUGAUCGCAAUGCGAACAGUGAAACAGGGGUAGAUAUACAGGGGGAAUAUGGGGCGAGGGGUAAUGACGGGGUAAGAGACAGUGAUAAAGUAAUGUCUGACCAGUCCAAAAAUGUCAGGGGAGCGUAUCAUGACGGAGGGAGGGGUCGAUUUAACAGGGGGGGAGGAGGGUACUCGCGGUGA